UUUCAUGUAAUCAACAUGUAUGAAAACAUUUUAUUAAAUUAAUUUAUAUUAAUUUUGUGAAUACAAUAUAAUUAUAACAAGCUGUUUAUUAAAAUAUUACGUGCAACAUACCAUCUUAAAAUUCAAACUAUGAGUGAAAUUAAAAUAUUUUUUUAUUUUUAAAAAUCAUGUUUACAUAUUUCUUUAUUUUAUUGAAUUUUUUGAAUAUAGUAAAACAUUAUAGAAAUUAUUAAAAGAUAAACGAUAAAUAUUUCAAAAAUAUUAAAUAAUAUAUAUAACUAAAAUUGCUUGUUCAACUUAUAUUUCAUUUUACUAAUAUUUCAUGGCACUUUUAUUGUGUAGAUCUACUGUAAUCUUUGUUAAAAAUAUCUUAAUUAACCGCCAAAAUUGAGAAUAAAAUGCGAAGAAGUCAUACAAAUUAUUCCUAUGAACCUUUACCAACUACAUCAAGCCAUGAUGGCUUGGAAGAUGAAAAUGAAAGAAUGACAGAACAUUUAAAGGAUAAAAUUUAUGCUUUAAAAUCUUUGUCAAUUGAUAUUGGACAAGAAGUACAAUAUCAAGAUAAAUUACUUCGUGGAAUGGAUGAAGAUUUUGAAAGAACAAGUGGUUCGUUAACAAAUUCAGUUGCACGUGUAUUGCGUUUAUCCAAAGGAAGCCAUACUUAUUAUAUUUUGUAUUUAAUAUUGUUCUCUGUAGUUGUUUUUUUUAUAUUAUGGGUAACAUUGAAAUUUUUUUAAUUAAAAUAUUUUUACACAAAAAAAGAAUAUUGAAACAAGAAUUCAUUCCUAUAAAAAAUGUAUUUUUUUUUUUGCACUCAUAAUGAUAAUUUUCAAAUAUAAUAUUCAA